CCCUCAUCUGGCGGUGGUCGUUUGCAACGCUCUGGAGUAACAGUUUGUGCCUACAGACCAUUCAACAUGAAGGCGAUGCUGUUGGUGGUAUUGGCCACAUUGUUGGUCGAAACUACGGCCAUAAGCAACAUGACUCGUCAAAUCAACUCGCGGUUGGGUCCUUCACUUCAGUCCUACAAGAUUUUGUUCAUUCCUGCCUCCAUAUACAAAAGCCACUAUGCCAUCCUUCAGCCUUUGAUAUCAACCUUGGCGGAGAGAGGACACAAGGUCUCCGUACUGAGUCACGUCUGCCUCAGUCAACGUCAUCCUAACGUCUCGUACUACGACUAUGAAUAUGAUUUGGACGAAUUUUUCAACAUGGACCAUUUUAGACUUAUUUACGAACAUGUAAAAUUCGUCAGUGACCUCGCCGAUUUCAGCAGCCACUUUGCUACGAAGAUCUACGAUGACCCGGUCGUGAAAUAUAUCCUUGCCAAAAAGAACGAGUUCGACCUCGUCAUCUCCGACAAUUUGGCAUUUUUGGUUACCUACCCCUUUGCGGUGAAUAUGACCCACAUCUUGUUUUCCGCAUCGUAUCUGAACUCCGUGACGAGUGCUUACCAGGGUAACGUCUUCAACCCUGCAGCGGUGUCAAACGGCGUCACGGAUUACCCUAAACCCUACUCAUUCCUAAGCCGAGUCAAGAAUAUUUUGGUUACCCUUGGCUUAGCCUACCUUUGGCUUUGGAGUGUCAGGUCGCCAGCUGAAGAAGCGAUAUCCAAGAUCUUCCCAGGCUUGCCUUCUUCCUAUGAAGUUGAACGGAACGCAAGUCUAAUAUUCGUCCACUCACACCUUGCCCUAGACGGAGCCUUUCCUCUCUUGCCGAACCAAAUAAUGUUGGGAGGCAUGGUAGCUCGAGACCCUGAACCCCUUCCUAAGGAUCUGCAGGAAUUCUUAGCUGGAGACAUCCCUGCUGUCUACAUGAGUACGGGAACUUACUUGACAGUCUCAAGUUUUCCGGAUCAGUUCAAAAAUAUUUUCAUCUCACUGUUUCCGAAAUUGCCAUAUAAAGUUCUCUGGCGCAACCCAAGCGAUGAAGUUUUAAACUCCUCAAACCUGAUGGUUCGCAAUUGGUUCCCACAACAGGAUAUUUUAGCCCAUCCCAACUUGCGUCUUCACAUAAGUCACUGCGGAUUGAGUGGCAUGCAAGAGUCGAUCUACCACGUAGUUCCCGUACUCUGCUUACCCAUCCACGGCGACAAUUACAAGACCGCGCCUUUUGUACAAGACGAAGGGAUCGGAAUGAGCUUAUCUUGGCUUACACUUACUGAACAAACGCUCAACGAGUCCAUUCACACUAUCAUCAAUGAUAACAGGUUCAGAAAACGAAUGGAGUUAAAGUCACGCAUAUUCCGGGACCAGCCGGAGCCCCCUUUGCAGCGCGCCGUAUACUGGACGGAGUACGUGGCAAGAUAUAGGGGGGCGCCGCACCUGCAAGCCAGCAGCCGGAAUCUCAGCUGGAUCGCCUACGCCAACUUAGAUAUUUUGGCCGCACUAGGCUUCUGCAUCAUCUUCAUAGUUUACUGCACCGCUGUGAUAUCUCGUUACAUCUAUAAAAUGUUCACCGGCAGUGUUAAAAACAAAAUUCAAUCGGAAAAUAAAUAUAAUAACCAUAAAUUUAAAAGCUCACGUGACCUGCUCGAUGGUGAUGAUCCCGGUGGAAUUGAAAGACCAGGCCAGUGGUGA